CAGGGAUGCUUUAUGUGUGAGUCCGACCAGUUCUGACUGAGUGAGUCAGAAACCACAGCGUUGCGCGUCGGACUGGAAGGUGAAUAAAGCGCACCGGCUCGGCGCAUGCAUUUGCGCCCUUUUUAUGAUCAGUGGCCAUUCUGUUGCGUUCGAAAUCGGAUGGUGGAUGCAAUCGCUCCCCGAGUCAAGAAUUCACGUCUGACGGACUAACCAUGGACAGUCUUGGCAGCCGUUGUAAGAUCGUGGUGGUCGGAGAUACGCAAUGUGGGAAAACGGCGCUCCUGCACGUUUUUGCCAAGGACUGCUAUCCAGAGAACUACGUGCCCACAGUGUUUGAAAACUACACAGCCAGUUUUGAGAUAGACAAGCAUCGGAUUGAGCUGAAUAUGUGGGAUACAUCAGGUUCUUCUUAUUAUGACAAUGUAAGGCCGCUGGCGUAUCCUGAUUCAGAUGCAGUACUCAUCUGUUUUGACAUCAGCCGUCCUGAGACUUUGGACAGUGUCAUAAAGAAGUGGCAAGGAGAGACUCAGGAGUUCUGUCCAAAUGCCAAAGUGGUGUUGGUGGGCUGUAAGCUGGACAUGAGGACAGACGUCAACACCCUGAGAGAACUGUCCAAGCAGCGCCUCAUUCCUGUCACCCAUGAGCAGGGAAGCACAAUAGCCCGACAGAUGGGGGCAGUGGCCUACGUGGAGUGCACUUCCAAGGUUUCUGAGAACAGUGUUCGUGAUGUGUUCCACAUCACCACCUUGGCGUCAGUGCGGCGGCCGCACAAGCCGCAGCUAAAACGCAGCAGUUCCCGCAGAGGCCUGAAGCGAGUGUCACAGCUCCCUCUGCCACCUCUGCCGGGUCGGACUGAGCAAAUGGACCAAGCCCCGGCCAUGAGGAAGGACCGGGCCAAGAGCUGUGUGCUCAUGUAGAGACUCAGCCUCAUAAAUAUACAGUAUAUAUGUACAUACAUAAAGCCAGAAUUAUAUAAAAGAGGAAGUCUAUUUAUUAUUUGUUUUUUGUUUUUAUGGUUUUUUUUUUUCUUUUUUUUUUUGCACUACAAAA